GACCAAGCAACACUGAAUGGAGACAUACUGUCACAGAGCUUUAACCAGAGAGACCCAAGACACUGGAGACAGAGAGCUACCCCCCAGGGACAUCGACACCCAGAUACCCCCAGAGAUACACUAAGAAAUGACAGAUACCAAUGAGAUGGGCAGACAGUCGAGUGCAGCCCUGUGACGUGGCGGAGGACCUUGGCCAAUGGAUUCCAGCAGGAGGCAGCGAUGCACAGAGAUGGCCGGCAGCGUCGCCUCCUCCCAGAAGCUGACCCGGUUUCCAUGCUCCCAGAACUGCAGACGUCACCGUAGGUGGGAAAGAACCACAGAGACCGGACCCAAAGCCACAGGUAGGAAGGAGGAGUGGGGCGGCCGGCGCUCAUAUGGACUCGUUACAAAAACCCCUUGUGCUUUUACAUUACCAGCUGCGCUUCUCGCUGACUCCAACGUCUCCGGUAGGGCUACAGGACCGGAGUCAGGACCAAGCCGCAGCCAAAGGAACCCAAACCGGAAAAAGGAGGCACGCAGCCCCUCAAAUCACAGCCACCCCGUAAAGCGAGAUACCAGCCACCUGCCCCCCCUGAAUACUCUCUGCAGGCGGUUCGAGGCAGCGAAUGCUGUUGUCCUGAAGAAGAUAUUGGAGACGGAGGAGACGGCCAUGGGGAAGGCCAGCCGACAGCUGCAGCAAUAUAACAAGGCCGGGAGCAAUGUCCUAGCGGUGCAGUCGUGGGGAGACCGGCAACUGAGAGAUGCUCUACAGGACCUGGAGGAGACCAGAGAGAGGGGGGAGCAGCGUUUGCAGGCGCUGAAGGGAGAGCUCGUGGCCUGCAAUGCAAAGCUGAGAGACGCUCAGACAAGACUGCAGGAGCUGCAAGACUACAGAGACAGUGGGCACUUGGUGGCGGCACGGCAGAUAGCGGACCUCCGGAGAGAGCUCCAGCUCCUAUUAGACACCCACCAGGCGCAAGCUGCUGAUGUGGAUGUUUUAACUCGAGCGGAGAUGCAGAAUUUAUUAGAAAAGCAUAGGAAACUGUUGGAGAGCAAGCUCCAGAGUAUAGUACAGCAUCAGAUGGAUUUGCUGCCUCCGUCCAUUAGACGAAUGAGCCUGGAGAACCAUCAGAUGAAGCAAGACAUUGCCAUUCACCAGCAGGUGAUCUGUGAGCUCCAGGAGGAAGUUUCUUGUUUACAGGAGACUAGAAAGACCCUCCUGAAAUCGAAGCAACAGAAGGUCGAGAAACUGUGCAGAGACCUUCUACUCCAUGCGCCCCGCUGUUCUCCUGAGGAAGACGUGGCCCUCAACAUCCCACGGAAUGAGGAAAUUCUCAUCUAAUGGCUCAAGAGUCCCUGCGUCAGACAUACAGACCCCGGUGACGUUUUGCUCCUGUGCCAUACCUCACAGUUUAUUCCGCACAGACCCCCCCUACACUUAUCUCUCGGCGUCUCCUUUGCCAAAUAAAAGAAGGAACUGUAGACGGUGCCAUCUUUGUUCAAUACGCGUGACUCCUGAGC